ACAACUCCUCGCGGCAACAGAUAAAGCGCAUACCGCGGCGGGGUCGUACGUAGUAGACAUACUUGGAGGCCACUUCGACAUCUAGGUAACGUUCUCAUGAGCAUUGUCUCUUGUCCUAAAAGGAACGCCUUUCAGCCGGCUUGGUUAUCGUGCCCCACUCGGAGUGUACCGCUUUGAGGGCAGAGUUUGGGCGCUUUUGUGAACGACGGUUAGGUCAGAGUGAACACGUUGUGUCGACAUGGACUCCUGGGCCCUUGCAUCUGGCUCGAAGUUCCCACCGCUUGUUCCAGGAAAACUUCGGCUCUACAGCAUGAGGUUCUGCCCCUAUGCGCAACGAGCCCUGCUCAUUCUGAGAGCAAAGUCUAUUGAUCAUGAAGUGGUCAACAUCAAUCUGGCGGACAGGCCGGAGUGGUGCAAGGAGGUGCUUCCUGCAGGGACCGUACCGGUGCUUUCUCAAGAUGACAAACUCAUUAGUGGCUCCAUGCCAAUUAUUGAGUACCUGGAGGAGGCAUACCCACAGACGAAGCCCAUGCUGCCUAGUGAUCCGUACCUGAAGGCACUGGAUAGGAGCUUCUUGGAUGCUGCUUUGCCCGCAAUCGAGCCGGUUGUCUCUGUCCUGAUGAGAAAAGGGACCACGGAGGAGAACUGGGCCAGCUUUCUCGAGAAGAUACCACGGUUUGAGAAGGAGCUGGUUAGGAGGAAGACCGCUUUCUUUCGCGGCCUUACACCGGGCUUUGUGGACUACGCCGUGUGGCCAGCUUUCGAGCUUGCUCGUGGCCUGUCCGCGGCUUACGCCGAGCUGGAGAUGCCCAGCUCCCAAGGUUUCCCGCAUUUUUCGAGCUGGUAUGAGAAAAUGCGCGAGGACGCGGUCGUGAGGACGAUCGUAAACGAGGAUCACACUGUGCUUUUCGUGCAGUCGUUCAAGAGCGGUCACAAGGACUUCAACGCCGGCCUGCAUUGAUGGAAUCUGUAUUUGAGAGCAAGGGUAAACAUUUUGCUAAGGGGUGGGGGAGGUUCGGUUACCUAAUAUUUACUGAUUAGUUUCGUGGCACACGUGCAUGUUUUCUCCACAUAAAGCAACGUUUCUUUCAUGUUUUCCUAACACCCUGUCGUGAGAACACGAGACGAGUGUGUUGCCAUCGCCAAUAUUUCUUGCGCUGUUCGAGAGCCUAUUCUCUGAAAAUUUUUACCGGAGAGCUGAGAGUGGCUAAUGAUAGUUCAAAUUAAAUUGUGGGGCUCGACGUGCCGAAACUGUACAAUCAUUUAUGAGGAACGCUAUUGUAAAGGGCUGUGUAUUAAUUUUGGGCCACCCGGGUUUUUUAGAUGUUGCUUAUAGUCAGCAUGCUAUCUUAGAUCGGACAAACAUCUGCUGUUAUAUGACCUGCGGUUUCUUCGUCUGACAAAAACGAAAUUAAAUUAAGAUGCGUGUUUUCCUCCCGUAACUUCAAACCUCCACCUAUUGUUACGCGCCCUUUAAACAUUGUUGCAAGCCCAUUGUGCCGUUGUCGCAAUGGUGACGUGAGCACGGCCUUAAUUGGUCGCGGCUAAUUCCACCAGUCUGAUUCUCACAACUUUCUGGCGUGUAAGUAUCUGCAUAAGCUACAUGCCUACAAGCUAGACUUACUGCCGUUUACUGUCGCCUAGAAAUAGAAAGUAUAUAGCAUGAGCAAUUGUUUAUAACUAUUAUAUAUAUCUAUAGAACACGUGCCUACCUAUCCAGAGAGUAAUCUUCAGAUGAUACGAACUGCAGAUUGCGAACACUCAAAUAAGGUCAGUAGCUAAGCAAAACAUAGCCACCUGCCUCUGCAUUGCAUUGAAUGUGGUCGUGAUGCAUUUUUUCUUUAAAGACUGCACCGUAAUGCCGAAAUAAACUGAGGAGCGCGCACGAGUGAUAUCUGAGGCCUUCCACACCCAAAACAGUGGCGAUGCAUGCGUAACGUUCCCUUACAUUUCACGUCUUCCGAAGGAGAUACAAUUCCUAUCGGGGUGAUUUCGAUCAUACUGUGUUGCUUCCACGCACGCUCGCUUUCCGUCUCCCCUGUUUUUCUUGCACAGCGGUAACGCUCUGCAUGCUGCUUGACAGAAUAAAGA